AUGUGUACUCAUCAGAGUGAUGGUGAUAUUAACGUUGUCUUUGACAGUGUUUUGAACCAGGAAGUGGGACAAUUCGGAAAGUUUCAAGUGCUCAACUUGGCGCUCUUAGCUCUGCCUGCUAUUUUUUGCGCGUUCAUGGCUGGGGACUACGUAUUCACUGCAGGCCGCUUGCCUUAUCGCUGUCACGUUCCGCAAUGCGAUGGAGCAUAUCCGGAAUAUGCCCCAGAUUGGAUAUUCAACGCGAUCCCAAACAAUAACAAUGGAUUUGAUAGCUGCAAUCGCUAUGCAAACUCAACUGAUAACGUUGGUGUUGAUUUGUCUCCUAAUGCUGAAGACGUCUGCCCUGUUUAUUUGUUUGACAGAAGCACGAUUAUACCUUGCGAUAACUACGUACACGAGCGGACAAAUACCGUUGUCUAUGAUUUUCAUUUGGAAUGUAAAGAGUGGCUAAGGACAUUACCCGGUACCUUAAAUAGUUUGGGAGGAAUGAUCGCUUUGAUAUUAGCAGGAUUCGUCUCGGAUCGCUUCGGACGAAGAAUGUCUAUUGUUAUUUUCUCCUUUAAUAUAGCCUUGGUCGGCUUGGUGAGGUCGUUCUCGAUAAAUUAUGCCAUGUAUGUCACUUUACAGUUUUUGCAGACUGCUAUCGGCGGAGGAGCAUACAGCGCUGCGUAUAUUUUGGCAGCAGAGAUUGUCGGUACUGAGCACCGUGUCAAAACCAGUGCUACAAUGUCAAGUAUGUUUGCUACUGGUCAAGUAAUAUUAGGGCUCCUUGCCUGGGCUUUCCCCGAGUGGCGUACACUCAGUCUGGUGCUCUACAUCCCGGUCUUCAUUAUACUCUCUUACCACUGGAUACUCUCAGAGAGUCAUCGUUGGCUUUUAUCGAAAAACGAACAAGAUAAAGCAAAGGCUGCCUUAAUACGAGCAGCUGGAUUAAAUGGAAAGCAAAUCUCUGGAAAAUCGAUGAAAUAUCUCCUCACCGCCAUACCACGACAAAUGGAAACUAAUAAAGAUACGCACAAAAAUAAUCUGUUCCUUCGCGUUAUCAAAUCACCCGUUAUGUUACGUAGAUGUUGUACAACGCCUUUUUUGUGGAUUACCACUGUUUUAAUAUAUUACGGUUUAUCUAUAAAUUCCGUGAAUUUAUCUGGCAAUAUGUAUGUCAAUUAUAUAGCAACAGCCGCUGUCGAAAUUCCCGGAUAUGUGAUUGCUGUUAUGGUCUUAGAUAGGGUUGGCAGAAGAAUAACAUUGUUCGCAGGUUUUACAAUCUGCGCUGUGUGCAACGCUGCUUUCGCUUUUACCCCUAUAAACGUGUAUCACGUUUCGCUGGGUUUAUUUUUAACAGGAAAAUUUUGCAUAGGCUUAGUGAUGACCUCGUUGUAUUUGUACACUGCGGAAUUGUAUCCGACGAGAUAUCGACAUUCGUUCUUAGGAUUCUCGUCAAUGAUAGGACGAAUAGGUUCAAUCGUGGCACCGUUGACGCCUCCACUCAUGGCCUAUUGGGUUGGGAUACCGUCAAUGAUGUUUGCUGUGAUGGCUUUUGUAUCUGGUUUAUUGGUACUUACACAACCCGAAACUCGAGGCUUAAAAGUGCCAGACACAUUUGAAGACGCUGAAAAUAUAGGUAAAAAUAAUACGUCAAUUUAUCAAUGA